CAUCCCCUUUCAUAGUAAUGAUUCCGCAGCUUACUCUUUUCUCUGUCUCCCUUCCUCUUUCUAUUCUCUCUCUCUCUCUUAAAUAAAAAAACAAAACUUCAAUCUUUCUCACACACAAACACACAACACAAGGCACAGCGCACAAAUCAACCGUGUUUAAUGCCUUUGCUUCACCCUCUUUCUCUGUGUAUGUAAAAUCUUUGUUUUUAUCAGAGGUCCUGCAGAAAGUUGUGUCUCAGAUCCCUAUAUACACCGAAAACGAUACAACUCUGUGCGCUCUGCUUCUCUCUCUCUCUGAAAAUCAUCAUUUACAAUUUUACACACAGCCUAAUACCGAAUAGGGUGGUCCUCAACCUCGCUCUUUUUUUUUUUUUUUUUUUUUAAAUUUUCUUUCUUUCUUCUUCUCCUCUGCCUGCCCUAUAUUAUUCUGCUCUGCCUUUAUCAAUCCAUCCAUCGCGCUUCUCUUUCUCUCUAAAAAUUGAGAAAAUGCAAGAACCAAGCCUGGGAAUGAUGGGCGGGUUAAGCGGCGAGGUCUCCGGCGAUCACCACCGUCAACUGAAGGCGGAGAUAGCCACACAUCCGCUGUACGAGCAGCUCCUGGCUGCACACGUCGCAUGCCUCCGUGUGGCCACUCCCAUCGACCAACUUCCUCUCAUCGAUGCUCAGCUAGCUCACUCUCACCAUCUUCUACGAUCUUAUGUCUCUCACCAUACCCACUCUCUCUCCCCCAAUGACCGCCAAGAACUCGACAACUUCCUGGCACAGUAUUUGAUAGUUUUGUGUACUUUCAAAGAACAGCUUCAGCAACAUGUCAGAGUCCACGCCGUUGAGGCUGUCAUGGCCUGCCGCGAUAUCGAAAAUACCUUACAAGCUCUCACAGGAGUGAGUCUGGGAGAAGGAACUGGUGCAACAAUGUCAGAUGAUGAAGAUGACUUACAGAUGGAUUUUUCUUUGGAUCAAUCCAGCGCUGAAGGGCAUGACAUGAUGGGAUUUGGUCCCUUACUUCCUACAGAAUCUGAAAGGUCACUGAUGGAGAGAGUUCGUCAGGAACUAAAGAUUGAGCUGAAGCAGGGUUUCAAGUCAAGAAUUGAAGAUGUCAGGGAGGAAAUAUUAAGGAAACGUAGAGCUGGGAAAUUACCAGGUGACACAACUUCUGUGUUAAAGAAUUGGUGGCAGCAACAUGCAAAGUGGCCUUAUCCUACUGAAGAUGACAAGGCAAAACUUGUGGAGGAGACAGGGUUGCAGCUGAAGCAAAUUAAUAAUUGGUUCAUCAAUCAAAGGAAACGCAACUGGCACAGCAAUUCUCAAUCGGUUACCUCUUUGAAAUCCAAGCGCAAGAGGUAGACAUAUUUUGUCCCAACUAUGUGGCACAGCUAGCAACACAACUUAUAUAAGGACUUACUAUAUAUAUAUAUAUAUGCUUAUUUCUGAUAGAGUCUAGUCUCCCUAAGGAUUCCGAUCAGAUGCACAAGAUAGUAGAUGGGUUACUGUAAUGUAAGAUAGCUGGAAAAAAAAAAAAAAAAGGCUGCAAGUAAAUUUGUGGAAUUUAACGUAUGAAAACUUCUGUUUUAGGUGUGGUUAUGCCUCUCUUUUAACGAUCUUUGUAAAUUGUUUGCUACUUUUCUGACCGACGACAGAGUUAUUACUGUCACUACACACAUCAUUGGAAGAUUUUCGCGGUUCUUUACAAAUUAUAUACGUUCUUUGAUCCUACA